CCCAUAACAAACCUUUCUCAAUCCAUCCAAACCAAAAAGCAGAGCAUAUCUACCUGCCCAAAAUGUCUCUCAAAAUGCCCAAGGGCGGACAGAUGCAGCUGUUCAAGGACGGUUACAAGACAAUGUCCGGAAUAGAGGAGGCUGUGAUGAGAAACAUCCAGGCUGUAGGGGAGUUGACCGAGAUUGUGCGGACGAGUUUCGGACCUAACGGCCGAAACAAGCUCAUCAUCAACCACCUCGGCAAGCUCUUCGUCACCUCGGACGCAGCGACCAUCAUCCGCGAGAUCGAAGUCGUCCACCCCGCUGCCAAGUUGCUGGUCAUGGCCUCGGAAUCACAAGAGAGCGAGAUGGGGGACGCUACCAAUUUGGUAUUGAUCUUGGCUGGAGAACUGUUGAAACGGGCGGAAGGGUUGUUGGUCAUGGGUUUGCACCCUAGUGAGGUCAUCUUGGGGUACGAGAUGGCCGUCGCAAAAGGAAGAAAAGAGCUCGAGGACCUCGUCAAGGCCGAACUCCCCACCCCGCUUCCUACCGCCUCUCAACUCGCCCUCUGCAUCGAACCCGCUCUGACGUCGAAACAACCCAACGCCUCGGCCCGUCUAUCCCAACUCGUAGCCGAAGCUUCUCUGGCCGUCAUGCCGACUACCCCGAAGGAUUUCAACGUCGAUGCGAUCAGGAUCGUCAAGGUCCUCGGUGGAGGUGUCGAGGGGAGCAGGGUCGUAAGGGGGAUGGUUUUCGGAAAGGAGCCGGAUGGUAAUGUCAAGAAGGCAACCAAGGCCAAGGUAGCCGUCUUUUCGUGUGGACUCGAUAUCGCUCAGACUGAGACCAAGGGGACGGUCCUGCUGAAAAAGGCCGACGAGCUCUUGGACUUUUCGCGAGGCGAGGAGAAGCAGCUGGAGGGAUACAUCAAAGAGAUUGCCGAUUCGGGCGUCCAGAUUGUCAUUGCUGGAGGUGGAAUCGGCGAUCUGGCUCUUCACUACCUGAACCGAUUCGACAUUGCCGUCGUCAAGAUUGUCUCCAAGUUCGAUCUCCGACGUCUGUGCAAGGUUGUCGGUGCCACCCCGCUGGCACGAUUGGGUGCACCCAUGGCCGAGGAGGCUGGGUUCGUCGACGUUUUCGAGACGGUCGAGAUCGGUGGAGACCGGGUGACGGUGUUCAGGCAAGAGGCUGGUGAGAGGACGAGGACGGCGACGAUCGUGCUUCGAGGCGCGACUGCCAACCACUUGGACGACCUGGAGAGGUCGCUGGACGAUGGGAUUAACACGGUCCGAGUGCUCUUGCGGGACGGUCGACUCGUACCCGGUGCAGGUGGAGCCGAGUUGGAACUGGCAAAGCGGGUAGCAGAGUACGGUGAAAAGACCUCUGGGUUGGCUCAGCACGCCAUCCGGAAAUGGGCCGAGGCGAUGGAGGUGGUACCCAAGACGUUGGCCGAGAAUGCCGGUCUGAAUGGCGAGGACACUGUCAGCGCACUCUACAAGGCGCAUAGCGAGGGAAAGAUCGACGUCGGGGUGGAUAUCACCGGGGCUAAUGAUGGGACGAUCGAGACCGUCAAGGCCAAUAUCAUGGACCCCUUUGCCGCCAAGGAUUGGGCCAUCAAGUUGGCCACCGCCGUUGCCGUUUCCAUCCUGCAGGUAGACAGCAUCAUCGUCUCCAAGCAAGCCGGUAUCGCACCUCCCAAACAAAGCGGCAACUGGGACGAAGACUAGUUUAUGGAUCGAGAGAGAGGGAGAAGGAGUUUUUUUCUGGCAUAGACACGACCUUACGUCUUUUUCGCACGAUCUUGCUCGGCUUCACGUUCGCUGUAAAAAAGUUGUUUCGUCCAUCCCACUCAUGGAGAGUGGUUCCAAAAGGCAUACAAUACAAUGCAAACAGGCGAUACCUCCGGC